AUGGGUGAAAACUGGAUUGCAGCAGAGAGCGCUUCUUCGAUCGCCAACGGUGCAAUGCAUAUGUCGUUACGCCCGGGCUCAGCAGGAGAGGAGUUGGCUAACACCUACAUGGAAACUCUUCGGACGGACUUCAACGGCCAGCAAUGGACGUCCAACGGCGGCGCAAUGCUCAAGAAGUUGCUGACUCGACGUUGCAACGUCAACAAGGUAAUACUUAUGAGGAACUGUCGUGGUUUCCGAGUUCUGAGGCCGCUGCUGCUGUACCCAGUGCCCUUCGAGAAAUGGAGGAGGUACUUUUCUGAGGAGGACACCAGGAGUACGCUAGCUGUCGUGCACCGAGCUUACGCAGCCCACGUGUGGAACAAGGUCAGCGCGGAAGCUGACGUCGUGCCACAAAACUCAGUCUACGCUACACUCGCCCGCAAAAAUUGUCCGAACUCCUUCAGGGCCGCCGCGGGACACUUCUAA